UUCUUUGUUUUGGUUUUCACCAAGAAGGUUGGUGGUGAUUGGACGUCUAACAUAGUGAAUGUCAGUGAAAAUGAGAAUACUCAAGGGGCUGACUGCAGAGAUAUCUGAGCCAUUAGUGAUUAUCUUUGAACAGUCAUGGAAGAUGGGAGAGAUUCUAGAAGACUGGAAAACAGCAAAAGUCAUGGAUGUUCCGUGACCGUCAAAAGGAUCUUGUCCCAUUCUUCUUGAUGGAAGGUGAUCUUGUAGCCUGCAACAACAUCGAUGGUGUGAUGGCAGCCCUCAACACCGUUCCCGAUCCAGAUGAGUGGAGACUGUUCGUUGAUUCAUCGAAGACGAGUCUUAAAGCUGUUUUGCUGCAUAAUGGCAAUGUUUUGCCAUCAAUUCCAGUUGGUCAUGCAGUCCAUAUGAAGGAAACCUAUGACAACAUGAAACAACUUUUGAGGUGCAUAAACUAUGACCAACAUCAGUGGCAGCUUUGUGGCGAUUUGAAGGUUGUUGCUCUCUUGCUUGGUCUGCAGACUGGAUACACAAAGUACUGCUGUUUUCUCUGCGAAUGGGAUAGUCGUGCAAGAGAUUCCCACUACAUCAAGAAAGAUUGGCCACUCCGACAGUCACUGGAGCCUGGGAGGAAAAGUGUUCAGCAUCCACCACUUGUUAAAUCAAGGAAGAUUUUGUUACCACCCUUACACAUCAAGCUGGGUCUGAUGAAGAACUUUGUCAAGGCCAUUGACAAAACACAAGCAGCUUUCAAGUACCUCCAUGGAAAAUUUCCAAGGUUAAGUGAAGCUAAGAUAAAGGAAGGUGUCUUUGUUGGUCCUCAGAUUCGUGAACUUCUUUGAGAUGAUGCAUUUGACCAUGCACUGCGUGGCAAGGAAAAGACGGCAUGGAAAGCCUACCUGUUAGUGGCAAUAAAUUUUCUCGGAAACAACAAGGCAGACAACUACAGGUUGUUUGUGGAAAACCUCCUCAAGGCAUACAAAAGCCUUGGUUGCAACAUGUCACUAAAGAUACAUUUUUUGCACUCUCAUCUAGAUUUUUUUCCACCUAACUGCGGAGCAGUGAGCGACGAGCACGGCGAGCGAUUUCACCAGGACAUUGCAACAAUGGAGAAACACUAUCAGGGCAAAUGGAGCCCAUCAAUGCUUGCAGACUAUUGCUGGACAUUGACAAGAGAUGCUCCAUUUAAUGAAUACAAGAGCCAAGCCAAGAAGCGCCGAGUAGACACUGAGUAGGACUAAACUAUGUACAUAAUAGUUUUUUGCCUUUUGUUUCAUAAUACAUUUUAUUUAUAUAACCCUUUUGCUGAUUUUUAAAGUGUUACAUAAAUAGGACAGGUGAAAUAUUAUCAUGUAAAGCAACCAUAAACACAUGAAAAGACCUAGGUUUACAAUUUAUGAUUAAAAGUCUACUAUCUACACAAUAUACAUAGACAUAAAAUGUAAAAACUUAAAUAUCUUAGAAACAGUAGCCAAUCAGUUGUUUUAAUUGUCAUAUUUGAAUUCAGCACAUCAAAAUACAUAAUAAAUAGCACAUUUUA